CACCUCGCGGCCCCCUCCCCCCCGCGUGACCCUCUUCAGCGGCGCUCGGGGGGGAGCGGCGGGCGUUGGCGCCCGCUCGGGCGGGCUCGGCUCCCCCCGCCCGCCGGCCGCCUCGGAUGGAGGACGCCGACUCGGCGGCGAAGCAGCUGGGCUUAGCGGAGGCGGCGGCAGUGGCGGCGGCAGCCGCAGUGGCUGCUGCGGCGGCUGCGGCGGCCGCGGAAGGACCCGAGCAGCAGCAGCAGUCGCCGCAGCAAGCGGCGGCCUCGGAGUCGGAGGCGGAGCCGGAGCCCGAGGAGGAGGAGGCGGCGGCGCAGGUGACGGCGGUGACGGUGAUGGCGGCAGAUGCCGAGCACAUCGAGAUGGGAGCCGAGCCCCUGCCGAGCGCCGACGAGGCCGCCGCCGCCUUCGCAGAAGUCACCACAGUGACAGUAGCCAACGUUGGUGCCUCCGCAGACAAUGUUUUCACUACAUCUGUGGCAAAUGCAGCUUCAAUUUCAGGACAUGUGUUGUCUGGGAGAACGGCUCUCCAAAUUGGGGACAGCUUGAAUACUGAAAAAGCCACUCUCAUAGUGGUUCACACAGACGGCAGCAUUGUAGAAACCACAGGGUUGAAGGGGCCAUCAGCACCUCUCACACCAGGACCGCAAUCUCCUCCUACCCCUUUAACAUCCGUCCAAGAAAAAACUGGAACCAAGUAUAACUGGGACCCGUCUGUCUAUGAGAACGAGCUCCCGGUGAGGUGCCGGAAUAUCAGUGGCAUUCUGUAUAAAAACAGACUUGGCUCAGGAGGCCGUGGUAGGUGCAUUAAGCAAGGAGACAACUGGUACAGCCCCACUGAAUUUGAAGCUAUGGCGGGACGAGCCAGCAGCAAAGACUGGAAGAGGAGCAUCCGCUAUGCUGGGAGGCCACUGCAGUGCCUUAUUCACGAUGGGAUUUUAAAUCCUCAUGCUGCCUCUUGUACUUGUGCUGCCUGCUGCGAUGACAUGACUCUGAGUGGCCCUGUACGACUCUUUGUACCAUAUAAAAGGCGGAAAAAAGAAAAUGAAAUGCCUGCAACUCCGGUGAAGAAGGAUUGCCCCAAAAACAUCACUCUGCUUCCUGCCACAGCUGCUACUACAUUCACCGUGACUCCUUCUGGACAGAUCACUACCUCCGGUGCUCUGACAUUUGACCGUGCAUCGACAGUGGAAGCCACAGCAAUUAUCUCGGAAAGUCCGUCCCAGGGUGAUGUUUUCACUGGAGCUGCUGUUCAAGAUACCAAUGUCCAGCAGCCUUGCCGGGUCAAUCACCCAGAACCUCACUAUCCAAGUUACCAGGACAACUGUCAGAUUUCACCUUUUCCUGAAGCUGCACUGCCAACAUCUCAUCCCAAAAUUGUGCUAACCUCACUCCCUGCCCUGGCGGUGCCCCCCACAACCCCCACCAAAGCCAUAUCCCCUUCGGUGGUGAACGGGCUGGAAGUGACGGAGCAGCGGAGCUGGCUGUACUUGGAAGAGAUGGUCAAUUCAUUGCUCAACACCGCCCAGCAGCUGAAGACUCUCAUUGAACAGGCCAAACAGGCCAGCUCCUCCUUCCGCGAGGCCGCUGUCACGCAAGCAAAAAUUCAAGCUGAUGUGGAGAGGAAAGAGCAAUAUCAGAACCAGUUAUUUCAACAGACCGAAGAUGUGGAUGGGAAAACAGAAAUCAUCAUCAAGCAGUCCUGUGUCAACUGCGGUCGUGAGGCAACGAACGAGUGCACGGGAUGCCAUAAAGUCAACUACUGCUCCACUUUCUGCCAGCGGAAGGACUGGAAGGACCACCAGCAUAUCUGCGGCCAGUCAGCCACAGUGACGGUGCAAGCCGACGAGGUGCACGUCACGGACAGCGUAAUGGAGAAAGUCACCGUCUGAGCACACCUACCUCUUUAACCGUUCAUGAACGACGUGGUGCGGCCGGCUGGAUCGGCAACCCGACGCGAACGGUCUGUCCUUUACAAACCAUGCUCUUCUCACUAGCAAACUCAUUUUUGAAAGACUUUUUGAUACUGUGACAGCAUUUGCCUACUCCCGAUCCUCUUCCAAAACUUUGAAUAAUACAGAGACUGUGAAAACCUCAUCUGGAAAAAACAAACCCCACCUAACUGCAGCCUAGCAGCUGGGAGCCACCUUUGGCUUCAGGAAGCUUUGACUUUGCCAGACUGGAACCUCCACCAUGUGGAUUACAGCAAUCUCAUCAUCUCUCUUGAGAUGGAUCUAAAGCAGGUGCUGCCAUGAGAUUUGCCAGUGUUUCCUUCUCCCUGUGCCUCCCUACCUCUUGUUUGAAAAAAGAAACGAACCUUCAUUUGGUUUAUUUAAUUGCCUUGAAAAAGUCAGUACAAGUUCUUAGUUUGCCAUCAGAAGGACUUUUUUUUUCCCUGUGUUCCCUCUGUGCUGGGCAAAUUUGGAACACAUUGGAGCUUCUGCACUUGAAUAUAAGUGAAAAAUAACAUGUUGUUAAAUAAA